CUCCUCCUGACCUCUUCCUCCCUCUGCUUCCCGGCGAGUUCUCCUUCUCUUCUAGGCUAGGGAUUUCUCCUACGAAUCAAUGGAAAAAAGCACAGAGGGGACAAAGGUGGACUGGAUGUCGGUGCCGGCUUUCGGGGACUGGGAUAACCAGAAGGGGAUGCCGGAUUACUCAUUGGACUUCUCCAAGGUCCGACAGAUGCGGAAGCUGAAUAAAUCUGAUUACUCUCGCAUCUCCAUUGGAAACGAUGAAGAUCUUCUUAACGGUUCCAAAAAGGAUGACGAGAUCCUUAACCGAUCCAAGGUGGCUGCCUCCGCCGUCUCUCGUUCCGGCAUCGCCGUAACUCCGGCGAUAGGCCACCAGCACUCUCCCUCGGGGAGGAAAAAGGUCAUGAGCUAUUUCGUUUGCUGCAUUAAGGCUUGAAGCCUUCUUCCCUUCAAGGGUCAAUAAACAUUAUUUCCGCUUUUUUGUUUUUUGUUUUUAUCAUUGUAAAAAACAUAUCGUUUUUAAUGAGCAGCUGCUUUGAUGUUUAGUUUAAAAAAAAAAACGUAAUAAAAAAUUAAGGAUAAUUAUGCUGUGCACAUA